CAUUCUGAGUUAUGGCCACAGCUCUGCCAUCUACAGCAUGGCACGCAAUACAGCUUCAACCGCAACCUCGUCUCCUUCAGCGUCGGCGCCCCUUAUUAGUCCAAUCCUUCAGGAGGAGCGACUUCGACACCUUCACUCGCCGCAUGGCCUCCGGUGAGGCCUGGAAGGACGCCUGGCGAACUGCCAACGACGGCUUCGAGCAAUUCGUUUUCGAAGCUAAAAAGACCGCUGAACGCUUAGACCGCCAGUACUCCAUUUCCCGCCAACUCUCCUCAGCCGCCCAAUCGGCUACGGACCGUGCUCGUGAAAUUGACAGGGAGUUCGAGAUUGGACUACGUUGGCGGACUUUUUCUAUGGAUUUUAGCAGAAAUUGGCCUAGGUACAGGAAGCAGCUGAAUGAUUUCUUGGAUACUCCAUUGGGAAGAAGUUCUGCUACAAUUUUCUUCCUUUGGUUUGCAUUAUCUGGUUGGAUGUUUCGAUGCAUAAUAUUUGCCACAUGGAUUCUGCCGUUUGCUGGACCUCUUCUCAUUGGGACUGUUGCAAAAAAUCUUGUUAUAAAGGGUGCUUGUCCAGCUUGUAAGAGAGAGUUUGUUGGCUAUAAAAACCAAAUAAUCCGAUGUGCGAGCUGCAGAAACAUUGUAUGGCAACCCGAAGGAGGCUUCUUUCGCGGAGAUAGCAGGAGUUCCAAUUCAAGAAAGUCGGACCCUGAAAUUAUCGAUGUUGAAUUCGAGGAGAAAUGACAAGAUGUUCUCAAAUCAUACAAGUGAUGUUUCACCUUUUAAUGGAG